AACGAUGUCGUAAUCCCUGAUUCCUUCUUCAAACCAUUUUAGGGUUUUGUCUUGCAGCCCCAAACUAAAAAUGGCAUUUCUUGGGACCCGGAUCCAAACGACAACACGGUUCAACCUUUCACCCGGACACAAGUUCCUUCGGAUGUCGAUGGCACAGGGCAAAUCCAAGAGACCCAGUUGCCCAUCUUGUUCCAAACCCUUACGAACAUGUCUCUGCUCUCGAAUCCUUAACCCGGGCAUCGAUAAUUCGGUGAAUGUAACCAUUCUACAGCACGCGCUAGAGUUUAAGCACCCGCUUAAUUCUACUAGAAUCGCUAGACUUGGCCUCAAGAAUCUCUGCGUUGCAACUGUUUCUGAUGUUAAUUUUGAAGCUCGGUUCGUGAUUCGGUUAAUAGAUCCGAAUUCCGAAUCGGAUUCGGUUGGAAAUGUGCCAAAUGGUUUGUUCUCUCAUCAGUCUUGGGAAAUUGGUGAGACCCAGAAGUUAGUUUCUGAGAAAGGUUCUAACUUGAUUGAUAGUGCUGGAAAAUGUGGUUUGCAAAAUGAUAUUGGAGAUAUUCAAAGUCCUCCUGUUCCUGCUGAAGUUGUGAACCGAGUAAGUAUCAUUGAUGGCGUAGUGGUGAAUGAUGAAGUUGAGAAAAAUCUAAUUCAUUCAAAUUGUGAUCUAACUAGAGUUGUCCAUGAAAAGAAUAGAGGGCCUGCUAUUACUGUUGCCAUUGGCAAAUAUGGUGCUAUUAGCUCUCUGUCUCAUAUUUGGAUGCAACAAUGUCAAUCCCCCAUGUUCAGUUUUAACGAGAUUUUGGCUUAUCCUGAAGCUUGUGAAGCACUCUCAAAAGGGUUUUUGGUGAAGAAGUUGCAAAGGAAGCAAUUGGACAGGGGCAUUAACUUGGAAGAAUAUGAAGAAUUUGAGCUUAAGGUUCCUCCUGGAUCAGCACUACUAUUUCCUUCUGAUAAGGCUGUUAAUAUUAGCGACCUAGAUGCUAUUGGGUUUGAGGUGAAGAACUUGAUUGUUCUGGAUGGAACAUGGGCUAAGGCAAAAAGAGUUUAUAGUGAAAACCCUUGGUUGAACUUUUUGCCGCAUUUGAAAUUAGAAGUGAACGGGAUGAGCUUAUACAGUGAUGUGAGGCAUCAGCCUAAGGCUGGUUAUUUGUCAACCAUUGAGAGCAUUGUAUUAGCCUUGAAAGCAGUUGGGGAGAAUCACGAGGGCUUGGAUAAUCUCCUGGAUACUUUUGAGUCCAUGGUUGGAGAUCAAAGACGCUGUAAAGAUGAGAGACUGAGUAAACUCUUUCCCAGUUGAGGCCCUUUCUUCUUUUGAUUGAACAACUUGAAACAAGUUGCUUGAAUCCAAAGAAAAUAUUUGGAGUAAAUUAUGAAUCAUGAAACUUCUUAGUGUUUUUGGUCCCUGUAUCCUUUCUCUGCAUGCAACACAUGAAUUCCACUGGAUUAUCUGCAUGUAAUAUGUAGUUAUGUACGGAGAAAUUAUACUCUCAAUGGUUUAAUUGGAAGUAUACAGAUUAUUGCUAUGCCACAUCUGCUACAUACGGGUAGGAGCAGACUUAAAUAAAAUGAUUAGUUACUGAUCGAACUAUGCUAUUAUUAAGAGGGUGGGAGCUGUAUCAAUGUUUUGGCACAAUGCGUGAGAUAUAUAAUGAGGUAUAAAUGUUGGGAGAUAGAGGGCAAGUUACACAUAUCCCAAAUAGAUCCUAGUACAAUGGUAGAACCAACUUGUAAGUAUUCCCUCUUCCAUUUGGAAAAUAUGGAACAUACUUGUCUGCAAGAUGUUCUUGAGUAAAAGGAAGAGCACGGUGGGGAAUUUGUUAUGGGAAAUUCUCUCCAGGAAAACAUCGAGCUGUGAAGUAUUGAUGACAUGCGAGGCUAUCCGGGUCCAUGAAAGACUAGUGUUAGAUACUUAGAUUGUUAACUUUGGGUAAAGAAUACAGUAGGAGGAUGGAAUAGAAAAUUCCUUCCUUAGAGAACUAACUAGAGGAGUCAAUAUCUGAGAACUAACCAGAUAUUGGGCAACAGAAGUUGUAUUCCAAUUAGGAGUUGUAGUAUUAUCAUAAUCCAGAAACUUCAGCCGCAAGGCAGGCACAGGCCCAAGUGUCUUCCAGAGUAACAUUGUGGAUGAUAGGAUGGUUAUCAAGUGAACUAUAGAUGCAAAACCAUACUGAUUGCAUUCCACCUGUGAUGGAGAGACGGGAAUUUUGGUGCAGACCUCUUACAAUGGUAGCGGUACAGAAUGAAAAAUCAGUCUUUACUGAAUGCUGUUCCCCAAGAACUACGACCUUCUCUGUACUAGAAUGCAUCCAACAGAUGACAGAUCCACAUUCCACUCCACUGGCAAAAAUUUAGCAUAACCGCAAAAGGUUUUGAUAAUUACACUGUUCCUACACUUGUAAUAUGUUUUUUG